AUGAAAAAGCAAUAAUCAAAAUCGUAAUCAAAUAGAAACAGAUAAGAUACAGCAAAAUCUGUAAAAAGAUAAGAGAAACUAACUAAAAUUUAAGAAGCUUUUAAUUUUAAUAAGGCAUCGAAAUAUAUUUUUCAAUCUGGAUUUUAAGAGAGAGCAUGGUUAAUUAAAAGGGGGUACUAGGACAGGAUUGAUUUUAAAGAUUCAGAAAUCGCAGAACUCAGAAAAUAUUUCUCUUCUCUUGACGGAGAUGGCUCUGGUGCAAUAGGAAUAGAAGAAUUAGAAGAUCCAUUAAUCGCUUUGGGCUUAGUAAAUUCCAGAGAAGAAGUGGAAAAAAUUAUGAGUGAAGUUGAUGAAGAUGGAACAAAUGAAAUAGAAUUCAAGGAGUUCUUAACAAUUAUGAGAGGAGUGUAAAAGGGAGGAAAUACUGAUUAAGGAGAAAAGAAUCCUAUUUAUGAUUUCUUCAAAAAGAUGAGUAAUGGUUAAUUAGAAAAAGGAAUGGAUAGACACAUUCCUUUUAAAUUAAAUGUUAGCUUAUUUCGAAGAAAACAAAUAUUAAACGCAAUAACUAGUGAUUAAAAGGAGCUAAAAGAUAAAGGGUCAAAAAUUUUGUAGGCAUACAAGAGAUAACUAUUAAAUUAUAAGUAACAAGAAAGAUUGAAUCGAGGAGAGGAUCCAAAUGACAUAUCUUUGGAUUAGUUUCCGAAUAAGGAUAAUGGGCCUAAUCCUAGAAAUGGUCUUCCGAAACAACAAAGAAUAAUCUAACCUGAAGCAAAAAUAGGAAGCAGCAAUAAACACCUAGAAAAAUGA